UGGCGUGGGAACCGACGCUACGGCGAGAGGGUGAUUCGUGGGCCUUCUUGAGGGUCCCUUUCGCACACUCGCGCCCCACUCGCUCGGAACCCGUAGGACGCUGCACAACCGGUUGCCAACAUCAUCAUGAGUCACUUGGCGCUCGUCAUUCUCGCUGGGAUGUCUGCCCUCGUUGCAGGCGACUGUCCGCUGCCGUACGAGCCGCUGGAUGACACCCGCUGCAUUUUCCUGGACCCUUUCGUGAGCUACACGUGGCAGGGUGCAGUCGACCUCUGCAAGGGCCACUUGGGCACGCUCCUCUCCAUCAGCGACUGCAACACAUUUGCUCUCGUGUACGACUACAUAGAGAGCCAAGAAGUCACGCGGGGUAAACACUACUGGCUCGGCGCCACUGACGAGGCCGAGGAGGGCGUUUGGAAAUUCACGGAUGGCAGCCCCGUGCCAUUAGGAGUGCCAUUCUGGGCGGCCGCCGAACCCUCCACUGAUGCUCGAUACAACUGCGCUUUCAUGCACGCCUCUUAUUAUCACUACUGGUACGACACUACUUGCACUAGCAAAUAUUUUCCCAUUUGUCUUAGGAAUGCUUAAUGUAACACUACUUGUGAACAUAUGGAAUAAACAUGCAGAGCGAA